ACUGAGAAUAGUUGCACAUUGAAUAUCUCGCAAAAUUGUCGCCUACUAAUUGGCAUUUGUGCGCCCUCGGAAGCGCAUUAAAAAUUUACUAGACAUUCAAUCGUAUAAUAGAAAAAUUAUUUUAUUUUUUUUUGCAAAAAAAAAAUUAUUGCACAACAGACACUAUAAAAGUAGGUGCCCGCAAUAUGUCUAUGACAUCAUUGGGUGUUAGUACCGGAUUUAUGGUGGGCUGUUGUGUUGCAGCUCAAAUCGCCAGGCGUGUAACUAAAAAAUUUUUCAAAAACGAAGAAGGCUUGGUACCGACUCUAUUCUACGAAGCUAUAGCGGCAGCAGAAUUAUGCGCCUGUUGUUUCGAAUUGAUUAUAGUGGCUGAUAACUUCGGUGUAGCUGCCUAUGCUGUCUACCUAUUCCUUUUGACUGUGUGGUGGGGAAAAGUUUGGGGCGACGCUUCGGCUUGUCCAUAUACGCACAUGGAAGACAUGUUAGAGGGUAAAACCUCAUUGAAAGAAGUAGCUUUACGCACUUGGGCUGAAUUAAUGGGCGGAUGCUGUGUUUAUAGAAUUGUCCAGGUGUUCUGGUGGUUUGAAUUUGCCGAAACGCAUCAAGGCCGUGCUUUCGAGGAUUGUAAUGCCGAUUUACAGGUGAAUCCUUAUUUGGGUGCAGCGAUAGAAGGUUUUGCUACAUUACUUUGUCGUUUGGCUAGUAAAACUUUGAAUGAAAAAGGUCCAAAAUUUUGCAGUAUUAUCGAUUCAUUUAUUGGUACAAGUUUGGUGGUAGCAGCUUUCAAUUUCUCCGGCGGCUAUUUUAAUCCCGUUUUGGCUACCGCUUUAAAGUGGGGCUGUCGCGGUCAUACAAAUAUUGAACACAUUAUUGUCUAUUGGAUUGGCGCCUGUGUGGGAGCAGUAGUCUCAGUGCCACUCUUUAAAUUACCUUAUGUACGUAACAUGUUAUUGGGCAGCGAAUAUAAAGAUAAGAAAGAAUAAGGUUCAUUGUGCUUAUUCUAGUUUUUUUUUUUUUUUUUGUGUUUUUAUAUAAUUUGAAUAUUUUUUUAAAUUAUUGUUCAAUUUGUUUAAUUACUUUUUACCUAUACAAAUGUUUAUCGUUAAUUAGAUACCAAAAAUGCUGAGAACAAAUGAGUGAUAAUUAAUGAGAAUAAAUUUAAAUUAUGAUUGAAGAAAUAAAAUUACAAUAAAAUGUUCACUAAAAGAG